AUGAAUUAUAAAUGGUUUUUCAUAAUUUUUGCAUGUUUGUUAAUAACAAUUCCGAUGUUUAUUAACCCUCAUAGAAAAAGCGUCAAUAUAACAAAUCAAGAACCAAAAAUAAAUUUAUACUCUUUAAAAAAAAAUUUAAAUGGAAAUGAUUUAUUAGAAAAUAAAAUAGGAGGAUUUUCUUUGGUUAUUGAAACUUCAAGAAACUUGCUUUCUUAUAGUUCAUCAUCUUCCUCAUCAUCAUCAUCUUCUUCUUCUUCAUCCUCUUCUUCAUCAUCAUCAUCUUCUUCUUCCUCAUCUUCUUCUUCUUCCUCAUCUUCUUCUUCUUCAUCAUCCUCAUCCUCUUCUUCUUCAUCUUCAUCAUCCUCAUCCUCUUCUUCUUCAUCUUCAUCAUCCUCAUCCUCCUCUUCAUCAUCAUCAUCCUCAUCAUCAUCCUCAUCAUCAUCCUCAUCAUCAUCCUCAUCAUCAUCCUCAUCAUCAUCCUCAUCAUCAUCAUCCUCUUCUUCAUCCUCUUCAUCUUCAUCUUCGUCUUCCUCAUCAUCUUCAUCUUCGUCUUCCUCAUCAUCUUCAUCAUCCUCUUCAUCCUCUUCAUCAUCCUCAUCUUCUUCAUCAUCAGGAGCUGAAAAAGAUGAGAUGAUAUCACCUAGUAAACCAUCAAUCAAAUCUUUCAUAUUGUAG